AGGAGAUCACUUUUAAACCUAUAACCUAUAUGCCUCCAUUUCUUUUAUUUUUAUCCAUAAUUUUUACUUGAAUGGCACUGCUAAUACAUGAUACAUAUUUUUACUAUUAAUAUUGAUGGAUUACUAUUAAUUAUAUUUCCUAAGGAUUUACUAUUAAACAUUCAUUCAUUUAUUAUUUAUAUAAUAUAAUGCACACAGUAAUGACACAUUAUUAAAAGGGUUUAUCUAUUUUUACUCUCUAAUUAUUUUUAUUAUACAAAACACAUAAUACAACAGUCAGCUAACCAAUAAAACAUCAGCAUGAAGAUCACAUAGCCAGAUCAAUUCCUCAAUGAGCAGUCUAUGUUAACAGACACCAGUGUUUGUGAGGUUGAUGUAGGGCAGUGGAUUUUACAACUACACAAACAAACUAUACCAUAUGUGCACAUGCAGCACUGGAUUGUGUAGCUGAAUUUAUGACGAAUAAUCUGGCAUGUGCGUUUGCGUUCAAUGCUUAACAUGAGUGUUUCGCGCAUGGCUAAAUCUUCCCCUGAGAUCUCCGUGGAGAAGGUCUUCCUCCCAGCAUCUCACCCUUACCAUGAUAUCUGUGGAGCAAUCGAGCCUGAAGGUGAAACGAGAGCUAUUUGAUUCAAGAUGAGUAUACGCGCGCAGUGUCGAUGGAGUUGAACGCCGUGGAGCUCCGUGAUUUGGGGGAUGGGAGCAGGAGAGAACCUCAUCCGGACACUUCAGCACCGCGGACAGCGAACGGCAUUGAAAACGCGUCGUUCGAGGAUGAAGAACCCGGAACGAGGAUCCGAGUCACGUCGGGAACAUCCGGAGGAGAUCCACCGCCUAUACAGAGAGAAGUGCCAUCCCCGCGCUCCGACGACGAACCCGAGCUCGAGUACAACGACCAUUCGGUGGACUACGGUUUUAUAUGCGCGCUCGUGUUCCUCGUGAGCGGGAUCAUAUUGGUCGUGAUAGCCUACACGAUCCCCAGAGAGGCCAAAGUGAACCCGGACCAAGUAACAGCGCGCCAGAUGGAGAAGUUGGAGAUGUAUUACUCUCAGCUCGGUUCGCACCUCGACAAAUGCAUUAUUGCUGGACUUGGCUUGCUGACUCUUGGAGGGAUGCUUUUGUCUGUUUUGUUAAUGGUGUCUAUAUGCAAGGGAGAACUGUAUCGACGGAGAACGUUCGCCAGGAGACCCAUGAAGUCGUAUGGGUCCAUCAAUAUGAGGAUGAGGCAAUUGGCGGAGGGUGAUGGGAGGGACGCGCUCGUGGAGUGUGAACGAGGUGCUGACGCCGAUGGCGCGCAUGGUAACCGAGAUCCUACGGGAGCGCAAAGCACGUAGCACAACACCGGAUCACAAACGUAAGCUGUAUUUCAGAAGGUAACAUCAGUUCUUGCAAAGCAGCCAAGUUUGUUUGUGUUUAAGAUAUGUUUUGCAAUGACUAAAUUGUAUUUUGGAAAUUUUAGUCUUACGUUUCAAAGUAAAAAGUUUAUAAAAACACUAUUAAAAUCAAGGUAACUUCUUUAUUGGGAUAUACUAGUGGGCAAAAGUGAUAUGCAGGGGCCAUAUUUGUACAAUAUUUGCUUUAAAUGUACCCUCAGUUAUACUUUAGGAUUUAGUAAAGUAAACUGUAGUACAAUUCUUACUGUCAUACUGUGGUGUUUUUGAAACUUAACAUAGUAAAUAUUAAAGUAGGCCUAUACUACAGUAUUUACGAGUUCAUCAGUUCCCUAUAGUUAACCCUAGAUAAUAUAUAUAUACUUGUCAACAUUUGAAGUGGACCAAAACCUUUCAUAAUAAAAGUUGUCUUUGUGUACCCGUUCUUGUCUUAGGACAACUUUUUGUGAUCCACUUUAAAGGUGCAGUGUGUAAUUUUUAGAAGGAUCUCUUGACAUAAAUGCAAAAUAUUAUACAAAACUAUGAUCAGAGGUGUAUAAAGAUCUUUCAUAAUGCACCGUUAUGUUUUUAUUACCUUAGAUUGAGAUGUUUUUAAUCUACAUACACUGAGGGUCCCCUUACAUGGAAGUCGCCAUUUUGUGCUGCCAUGUUUCUACACAAGCCCUAAACGGACAAACUUUUUUACUAAGUUGUCUCCGACAAUGACAUGUUUGUCUGGUGGCGGCUAACGUAGCUCCUCUAUGCGUUUCAAAAGCGAGGGGUGAGCAGUAGACUGAGCCGUUGGUUGCAAUGUGCAACCUCACCACUAGAUGCCGCAAAAAUGUACACACUGCACCUUUAAAUGUUGACCAGUGUAGUUAAUAAAUUAUACAAAUUGUAUUAUACAGUUUAUUAUAGUUAGGAUGAAAAAGUAUACUGCAUAUAUCUUUAAUGAUAUUUGAAUAGGGCAAAUAUGUCAAUUUUCCAAAGUUGGACAUCACUUUUGGCCACUACUGGUCCCAUAAAGAACUUUUGGAUAAAUAAGCAAGACAAAGUUCUUUGGGGGACCCAAAUUCGUUCGUCUGUGUAAAGAUUUUUUGAGCAUCUUUAUUUUAAGAAGUGUAAAUAGCACAUGAAGCUAUAAGCAAUGGUAAAGAAAAACACAAAGUAUACUUAUUACAAUAUUGCUGCCUUGCAAGGACUGAUCAUUUUAAAGGAAAACACCACCGUUUUUCAAUAUUUUACUAUGUUCGUAACUCAACUUAGAUGAAUUAAUACAUACCUAUCUUUUUUCAAUGCGUG